CACACACACACACACACGCACAGACACAGACACGCGCGCGAACACACACACAGUAGGCGGAGGCAGUAGACAUACACACACAGACACGUAGUAGGCGGAGGCAAAAAUCCACACACACAUACAUUGGAGGGAACCCCAUCAGCUGUGGGAAGCAACACAGCUUCAACUUACUUUUAUUUUUCUUUCUAGUACUCAUAAUUUCUUGAUUUUGAAGCGCUAUUUUGGAUGUGUCCCAUUGAGGAGUUGUCUUAGAGCUUAAGAGCUGAAGGCGUACUUCAUUAUACUUUGACAAGGACGGCGGUAGAGGAAGAAAAAAACCGAAAACACGGACUAGAGAAGGUGGCUUUGAAAGCAUGGAAUAUUUCAUGAUGCCGACAGAAAAGAUACCGUCCUUGCAGCAGUUCAAGAAGACGGAGAAGGAUGUUAUCGGGGGUCUUUGCAGGUGUGUAGCUUGCUUAUUGUUUUUUAAAACGUGUGCACAAAUCCCCCCUCGUGUGUAGUGUGUGUAUGUGCGUGUGAUGCAGUGUGACUCCAGUUAGCAUGCUAGCGCUUAGCCUCGCUGCGAUGUGUUGCCAAAGGCGCAUGGUUGUAGAAAUUAGCAGCUUGUUGGCCAGCGGCUGAUGGCGACAAGGAAAUGUUGCAUAACUUAUCCUGUGUUCAUACAGAUGUUGGUAGAAUGGCAUGUAAUAACAAUACGGGCAUGUUCCAGCUCAUCCAGCACAGAAAUAUGUAAAUCAGUGACACGAAAUCGAUACAUUUGCGUCCAGUUGAACAUCAACCACGUGGUAGUUAACGUGCUCUCCACCGCUUCACUGCUGUAAACCAAAUAACGUGUUUAUAGACUGCCGCACUCGUUUUUUAAUUCAAGUAAUUGUUGUGUGUUGUGAAUGUGUGUUUAUGUAUCACAGACACGUUAAAGGCCAUGCUUUGUGCGUAGUAAAAUAAUGCUCCGCGCAGCAGCCAUGGCUGCGUCGUGUGCUAAAAUUAGCCUAGCCUGGCUAACUGCUUAGCCUCUACCAUGCUCUCGCUACCGGAUAAUGUUGGACGUUUUAACCAAUCCGUACAGACUUUGUUAAUGGUAACGUGUUGUUUUGAAUUGUGGCUAAAGACAAAUAUUUCUUUCCCCUAACCGGCAGACUCGUAAUCACUGCUAGCUUUGUGCUAAUGGUAAAACGCAUUGUUCUCCGCGAUGCCAGACGGCCUGCUGCUGCGCGCGGAGUCAGAUUUCACUGUUAACGCAGCAGCACCUCACGCGCCCUCCGGCGGCCAUGUUAAAGCAGCUCAUGUGAACCGCAGCUGAUACCAGCUGAUCACACUCAUGAACCAUAGAAAACACGCCAUCGACCACCUCGACUGCAACAGUGCGUUGUUUGCGUCGGAGCUUCAGUGUGCAAAAUAAAAAGCAACAUGCGACAUCUAGUCUGGAAAAGUUUAGACAGAGUUAAAUGUGAAUAGAAACCGAAUUGAAAUUAUUUGCCCAACAGCGACACACAAUUUGUAACUAGAAAUCUGCUUAUUUACUAAUUUGUUGAUGUGUUUUUAAUUAUCGGCAUUGGUUGACAUCUGGGUUCAAAAGAUGGAUUUUUAAAGGGCAGCUUAGAUAAAAUAACCAGUAAAGUUCGCAGAGUCUGCUGCCAGCACUGUCAGUGUGGCUGGUAGGGGACAGUGGGGUAAGUUGAGCCACCCCCUGUUGCUUGGAAAUAGUAAAAGAAAUUGAUCAUGAGACAAAAUAUUUACGAGAUGGGCAUCAAUUCAUGGAGUCUGUGAAGGUUAGAAGCACAUAGGUGAAGGGGUUAGACAUUUAUUUCCAAAAACAUUUUUCACUCUUGAAAGUGAAUUUAGUCUGUCAUAAGUUUUAUUAGAAUUGUGUUCAGACCAAAAAAGAUCAUUUUAAAUUUGUUUUAUACAUCAAUUGUGGUAUCUUUGAGCUAAAACAUAAAAGUCCACCAUUUUAGCUUAGAUGACUAAUAAAGUCAUAAUAGUAGUUCUGGGGUAAGUUGAGGCUCAACUGAGAAAGUAAAGGAGUCUAAUGAGAGGAUCAGAGUUUCAGUUCAGAUUGUUGAAAUGUUUUACUUUUUCUUUUCUAAAAUACAGCUGUGAAUGUUCUGAAUCACUUAAAGGCAUUCUCAUGUUAAAAUGUUUUUUUUCUUUGUUUUUUUUUUUUGUUUUUUACAAAACAGCUUUUAAGACGUUAUAUGCAAUAAUAAUUAAAAGAAUUAUUGUACCAGUUGAAUAGCGUAUAAUAGAUAAAAAUUACCCUGUGUAUGUGCUAAGUUGACCAUAGGAGACCACUUUUUUGUCAUGCUGUAUUAUCAAGACAGUUUUGUUUACACUCAUUCUGUUGGUUUGCAGGAAUGCACAACAUCUUGAAAUAUAUGCAGAUACACUAGUUAGAGACAAAACUAUGACUGUCUUGAUGUAGUGAUCCAAAAUAUGAAAAAAAGGCUCAUCUUACACCACUCUCCCCUAAUGUUGACGUUUCCCUAAAUGAUGACAUAUUUUGCCCGCAGUCACAAGCAAGCUAGUAUGUGCCUAACAUUUUGAAUGGCUGACAAGUCAGGGCUGCAGUCAGGCCAGUUCAGCACCAUGACCAUUUACCAUUAAGCCUCACUGUUGAAUGACAGAAUGACAUGAGGCAUUUACUUGCAAGCAGGCCCCUCCAGGAAGAAGACGUUAUCAGCUUGCCUGCAUAUAUUGCCCUAAAACUCGUACACAUCUACCACGUUGUUGUUGCCUUUAUAAACAAUGGGUGCAGUCCCAUUAAGCUGUACACAGCUGUGAUUUUCUACCAUUAUUCCAAGUCUGACUUGUCAGGCCAUAGGAAAGUUUGCUCCCCAGCUCAGUCUCAGUGAACCCAGAGGAGGCAUCUCUGGAUCAGGUUUCUACUGUUUCCUCUUUGCAUGUUUUUAUUUGUUUGAUUCAGCCAUGAACUUCGAUCAUGUUUUUGAAAGUGUCAAUCAACAAAUAUAUCAGAAAUAAUUAUAUCAGGUGUUGCAUAAAAUAUUAUCAUUACUUUUACCAAACAGAAUUUGUCUGCAGUGCAAGAUAACACGUUAACUUUAAAUUUUUUAGCUGUUUUGUAAAGGAAAGCGGCUUCUUAACUUCAGGUUUAACCAGACCAUGUGAGCUGUUUCCUCUGAGCUUUCAUUUGAUAAAGAUCCCAGAUGUUGUUCUGCUGGUUGUCUCGUCGCUCUUCGCUGCUGUGCCCCCCACUCCCCAAGUGAAUACAAUGUUGGAGGUUCAGCCGAUGAAACAUCCUAAACUCAUGGGAUUGGAGGUGUGUGAGGGGCAAUGAGUUCAGCCAAACUGAAAGCCCCCAAGACAGCAUGACAGAGGAAUGUGAAGAGGUCCUAGGUGCAGCCUAGUAAAGUUCCUGGUUGAAGGUUUAUGGAGCUCAUGGCCAGUUUUAUUGUUGCUGUUUGUAAGAACCUGACUGCGAAAAACUUUGUGGGCCAGCAAGAGUUCUGUUUUUGUCUGUGGAGACACAGCCUUCGCUGAUCGAAUUAAAAAUCACCUACCUUUCUUGACCUCUUUCCCCUCAGUCUGGCAAACAUCCCUCUUAGCCCGGAAACGGCUCAGGACCAGGAGAGGAGAAUCCGUCGAGAGAUUGCCAACAGCAACGAACGCAGACGUAUGCAGAGCAUCAACGCAGGUUUCCAGUCCCUAAAAACACUCCUGCCCCACACAGACGGAGAAAAACUCAGCAAGGUGCAGACACACACACACACACACACACACAAAUGUAGCCCUCAUUUGUCUUGACUCGACUUCCUUUUUGCUUCUUUAAGGCUUGUCAAAAAACUUCAAGUAUUCAUUUGUGCAUUGUUGUCUCUUUUUGUCUGUUUGUCCCCGCCAGGCUGCCAUCUUGCAACAGACGGCAGACUACAUCUUUGCCUUAGAGCAAGAGAAGACACAGCUACUGGCACAAAACAACCAGCUGAAACGCUUCAUUCAGGUACCAUAGACAUGCCUGUUGAAAGCACAGUUUUUCAGUCUGACUUUGAGUGUUAAAAAGGUCAAAUGUCUAUUGUCUGAUUGACAUCCAGACAACUUUGGUUAAUCGAAGGAUCAAUUUGGUUUUGGCAGUCUCCCCAGACCACCCCCAGUAUGGAUUUAUGCCUCAGCAGGCUGUGAUUCACUUUGUCAUGUCAGCGUGUCAACUGUUAUGAAAGAUUUGGAUGUGGUGCAGGCGGGAGGUGUGAUGCUGCACUUCUUCUGGCUCAUGGUUUAACAGCAUCUGCUUGUUUAUUUGAUGAUGAAGAGACGCUUUUUGCUAGAUUCAGUUUCUGCAGGUUGACAAGAACAUGUCCAAAAGAUUAAUACAACCAGGGUUUACAUUAGCUGGUAUUCACCAGCUUUUUGGAUGUUUUUACACACAAAAGAUGUCAUCCUCCGAUAUGUCUGCAAGGAAAUGCACAUUAAAUAAUUAAUAUAUUGGUCUUGAAUGAGUAAUUUUUAUUUCCUUAAAACAUAGCCUGUUGGAUGUUUAAGACUUUUGUUUGUUUUGUGCGUGUGUUAAUACAACUGAACCUGACGCAUGAACAAAACCUUCCAUCUGUUGGAGCUGUGUGAAAAUGUGUUUACCAGCCCUAUUAGCUCAUCAUGUUGCUUGCUGGUUAAGUACAUGAAUACCAGUUUGGAAAUAUGUCAGGUUUUUUUUAGAUUUCUGAUCUAAAUUUGACCAUACAUGACUUAUAUGUCACCACAGGAGUUCAGUGGCUCCUCACCAAAGAGGAGGCGAGCGGAGGAGAAGGAUGAAGGUAUUGGGUCUCCAGACACGCUGGAGGAGGAGAAGGUGGAGGAGUUGAGGAGGGAAAUGUUAGAGCUGCGACAGCAACUGGACAAGGAGCGCUCAGCGCGUAUGCAGCUGGAGGAGCAGGUAUGUUCAUGGCUCAUUUCUGUUUCAGAGGUGUAGAAAUAAUGAGAUUGAAAACGCAAACACCACUCAUUGUAUUUUUCUUUGUUUCAUUUGUAAUCGUUGCUGGGGUAGAAGCAUUAGCUGAUACUAUGCCUACAGUGGUCCAGUGUGGCUAUUAAAAAUAUUAUGAAAAAUGUUCCUUAAUAAGGGACGCAAUGCAUUCACGUACAAAAAAAAGGGAACCGUUUUAAUUUUUUUUCUUUGCUGUUUUUCGGACAUUUUUUUUUCUCUGUUUGUUGUGCUAAUAUUUUUUCCCCUAUUUCUGUUUAUUUGACAGUUUUUUUUCUGUUCUUUGUACUAUUUUUUUUCGUCUUUCUGUUUUGUUGACCAUUUUUUCCCCCUAACUAAGCGAGAUACCUCAAAAUCAUGCGAGAAUCUUAUACAAUCAGAUAACGUUAACCACUGCGGCUGCUCCAAAUCAGCAGACUUUUCAGCUUCUAGAUAACUUUGACUAUGAUGUCAAUGAGAUUAAAGCAUGUUAUUAGUUAAACAUAGGGUAUGCAAAUCCUGAGGUGCCUGCACAAAUUAGACAAACUUCUGAGGAUUCCAUCUAUCUGACUUUAAGAAAGGAGUAUCCCCCAGUGUCUCAAACCCAAAAGAAAGUAAAACUUGAUUAAACUAAACAAGUGGGCUUCCACUGUUUGCUUCCAAUAAAUCGAGCAUAGGGUGAUGAAAGCACCUGUGUUUAGAUGAUCAUGAUCUCAGAGAAUAGGAAAAACAGUAGGUCUGGAAAACAAAACAAAGAAAUAGUCAUAAAAAACAGAAAAGAGAAAAAAAAAAUUCUGAAAAACUGAAAAAUUUAGUCCGAAGAACAAAACAAAAACGAAUUACUGAAAAACAAAGCUUUUUUUGGUGAAUGCAAUACUGUUCUGUUCUUGAUAGUAUGUCCUUCAGGAAAUCCUCAAAAUCUCUAAAAUCUUUUACUCAAGGCUAAGGUCAACUGCAAAACAUCUGAGUUCAACCAUCCAUUUGACUUCUACCAAGUAUGUGGACGAGCUCCAUGAUGAUCAGUUGAUAACAAAGUGUCUGCUAGCGGUGAUAACAGAUUUAUUUGCUCACUACUCACAUCCUGGAUCUACCUGAGGAGCAGGUUAAGACAAAGACAGAAACAGAAAGUGAGACAGGAAGUAAAAGACGGAAGUAAACAGUGAGCGGAUUAAGAAACAAGAGCUUUUUGUUAAAAGCCCUUUGGACAAAUGAAAUACCUGUUUGUUUGUGUGCAGGUGCGAUGUCUGGACACCCAGCUGCACCCUGAGCGUCUGAAGGUGAUCACCCAGCAGGUGGAGGAGGAGCAGGCACUCCUGCAGAGCCAGACACUGCUACGGCUGCAACAGAUCCACGCAGCUGACAGACAAACACACAGUCCAAAGGUCAGAAACACACACACACAAUGCAGUCAUUUGUUCUUAAAUAAACAAUAAAAGGUGACAUUCAGUCUGAGAGUUAAUUUUGUUCAAAUUUGUCUCCCCUUUAGGUCUUAGCUCCUCCCACUCCCCCCGCACCAACCCAUCACCCCACGGUCAUCGUUCCAGCCCCAACACUAACCCAGCACCCCCACCAUCAUGUCACUGUGGUAACCAUGAGCCCAUCUGUUCACACCAGCUCCGUGUCCACGUCCAGGCAGAACCUGGACACUAUUGUGCAGGUAGGUGCUCACACAGAGAAUCCCCGUCAAACCAGCUCCAAGACUCAUGUGUUAUUGUGGUCUUAAAGGGAUAGGUCCAAGUUUUUGAGGUGAGGCUGUAUUAAGUACUCAUCAACCGUAAGUGUAUCAGAUUAAUGUUUGGGUUGGAGUUAAGAUAAGUUAAGCUGUGGUUAAACUGAGCCUGUCUGCAGUGUGCUGGUUCUCAGGGGACUUACUGUUCACAAGUACUUUAAACAGCCCCACGUACAAAACCAACUAUCCCAUUGAAAUAAUGGUGAAUGUUAUGUAUUCAUUUUGAUUUUAUGUUUUGAUCCUCUGCUGUCAGGCCAUUCAGCACAUUGAGCGCACUCAGGAGAGAAGAGCAAGUGCAGAGGAGGAGCAGAGGCGGGCAGUCAUCGUCAGCCCUGUCCAUGUGGCCAUGGACACCGCCUGCUCGGACACAGACACCGACACCGAGGGAGAGGACUGUUCCAUGAACUGAUCAAACCCAUGAACAUUCUCACACACACACACACACACACACAUACAAAUGCUGACACACACACACACACACACACACACACACACAGGCAUACACACACAAACACUUAAAAAUAUCUACUCACUGUAAGAUUCCCUCCAGGAGCUUGACUACUUUAAACAACAGAAAUCCUUCCUCGGCAUUAUCCAAACUCUUCAAUCCAGUGGUUAAGCUCUGUGUCAGUCUCGUACUGUAAAAUUUCUGAGGAGAUUGAGAGCAUAGGACGGUCAGCGUGUCGAGGAGACCCUGUGGGGUCUCUGGAGGUUGUUUUUCAGUAUCGAAGUCAGUCUGUGGCUGCUUGAAAACUUGACAGUCUCUUCAUUUUAAAAGCUCUCAGCAUGAGUCCGUCCUACAUUGAAUAUGUGCUUCAUACAGUCUCAGUAUCAUAGUUACCCGUCGUCAUUGGCACACUGACAGUAUUACUUGUGCUACACAUUGAUGGAGAGUUGAAUGUAUAAACACAAGGCGAGAGCAGCUCUUGAUUCUGAGAGAGGAAGUAGAGUUGCAGCUGCCCAGUCUAAAUUUGUUUUCUGAUUGACUCGAUGAUACUUUUGUGCAAGUGGCCACAAAAAAAAAAACAACAACUUAAACUACAACACAAGGCAUUUUUUAUUUUGAAAGUUUGGGUAAAAUUAAUUGCAAAGCUAAUUUGAGGAAAUAUGUUGAAUGGAAUUCUCUGAUUUACUUGAAAAUAGUUGUUUUCAUAUCUAAAUAAGCCCUUACAAAAUAAGCUGUUGAACAAUUUCCUUUAAUCGUGUUUAUUGUUUUCUUAUAAUUUUUUUUUAUUCGUCAGGGUUACUGAAUGUUGAAGGUGAACACUUUUGUUAUUAUGAGAUUAACAACUUUAUACUGGAGGUUUGUCAGGUCUUUAUAGGGAACCAAAAGUCUGAGAUGAAUCAGGAUACAGUUAGCUAUGGAGCCCCUUAAGGGACGUGGAUGAAAAAAAAAAAAAAAGAUUUUCUUGAGCUUUUUUGCGAGAUCUCGCAAUAGAUCUCAAGUGCUUAGAGUUACUGGUCAGUGUAUCACUUCCAUGUUAAUUCAACAAAAAUAUUGGAACGUACGCAGCUGUGGGAAAGGUUCAUUGAAUUUUAUUUUGAGCUCAUUUUCUGCUCACCUUGUCCCUUUGCAUGCACAUAUUGUCUUCAGGACGUCACUUGACCGUAGGACUUCUUUCAAAUCAUCCUCCAUAAUUCGUGUUUUAAAAGAAAGCAGUGCCUGCUUCGCAGAACUGAUUUAAUAUCUCUUAUAUCUGAGGCCAGUCACAAAAAAGAUGCAAUGAACCUCUCCCACAGGUGCAUGGGUUGACUCGACAAGGAAUACACUGAUCUAUUUUCUUUUCUUUUUACUUGUAACUCUUUGACAACUGUGAGCUUUCGCAAUAGUUUUGCGAGAAAAAUCUUGAAGAAUCCUUUUCAAAUUUUUUCCUUCAUGUCCUUUUAGGGGCUUCGUAGUUCUCUACCAUGGACAGUGAUAACUACAAAAAGAACCAAACGUUGGUUUUUUAACAUUUAGAUCAAUCUCAAACAAUCUGACUGAAUCUGAAUAUUCUCUUAUUAUAAAUAAGUAAAGUCAAGUUUGUCUGGUGUUUAAAGUCUGAAGGCUUCUGGUUCACCUCCAAAGACGUCCAGUCCGUCUUUUUUACUCGUUUUAAGUUCAGUGACUAUGCACUAGAGUUUUUUGGUAUUUAUGCAAUUCCAUCUUCAGUCCAUUUUGUUGGUUUGAUACAUGAGGUGAAGUUAUCUAUGCACCGUAGAUAGGUGUGAACAUGACACCUACAGUUUAUCUCUGAAACUUGACCUGUGUUUGUCAAAGAAUGUAGUCUCUGCCUGCAUGGUGCUCUUUGUCAGCCGGCUGCUCUGCUGACCCAAACACCCUUCAUCUGACUUCACACCUGUUCACACAUGUGCAUUCUGUGCCUGAAUUCUGGCUCAAUAGUGUCAUUCACGCAUGUACGGAUAGUUUUUAGAGCAGGGGAACAGAAAGGUUUUCUCAUGCUUUUUUUUUUUUGGUUGCAUAGAUAGAAACAACCCACAGAACACAGCCUGAUUACAUAACUCACAACUUAAUAAAUUUAAAACUCUAGAGAGAGAGAGAGAGAGAGGAUAAAGUGGAUCAUCACUUUAGUUAGAAGUUUUGUACACACCAAUAGCUGGACGUACUUUUCAGUGCAUCAAACCAGAGAAAAAGUGGAAAGACUCUAAGAUGCACUGAUCGGACUUUCAGAUCUCCUGUCUCAGUCUGUCCACCUCAUGUUCUGUUGCUUAUAUUUCUGUCGGGAAUUUGACUGGAAAUCCCUGCUCAGAGCCUCCCUCCUGUCAGACUCAAUUUAGUCCUCUGACUUGAUGCUGUAAACAUUCCUUUUAUUUGGAUUUGUAUCUGUCUUUUGAUCUCUUAUAUGUUCUCUUGCCAAUUGAAUGCAUGUUACUAAUUGCUGUUUUCUCUUGUCUAAAUUGCGCUUUUGUGUUUCGACACUUUGUUUAUGUUUCCGCGGGGUUCCAACAUUUUCCAUUAACAUGAGACUGAUGUGUUCAGUGUGAAGCUGUCUCUUGUGAGAUAUGAGGACACUUUUCAGUCACGUUGAUUUUAUACCUGGUUAGUCGAGCUGUUUUCCCUGACAAUCACUGGGGGAAAUUAGCAUAUUUUGUUUGUGAAACUUUGUCAGAGGGUUCAGAUGUUUUGCUGACACACAUUUCAAGUCAAAGCCUAAAUUUGGACUGCGGUUUGCUGUGAGUCAACAAAACAUGUUCUCUCCUAUGUUUCUGUGCGUUGUGUUGCAGCACUGCUGUCUUUUGGUGGAAUUUGAGGUAUUUGAUAUGAAGCACUUGCUGUUCUGUACUGCCUGAUUCAAUGAUGAGGAAGUUAUUUUUCACAGUCUAUUUUUUGUUAGCUCUUUGCUUGGACAUGUCGAAAGCUUUUAUUGUGUUCUGCUCUUUUUCUUUUUUUUAUAUCUGUCUUUCUUGUCCUUUUUUCCAUUUUUGGUGAAAAGCAUUUUUUUUAUAUUUUUGUGAUUUUUUUUUCCCAUCAGUCCAGGUCGAUGAGAAGCUGUUAUAUUUUGUUUAUAAAAACUUGGGUAAACAGGCCUUUGUAAAGAUGAAAAAAAUAAAUUUGUACCUUUUUUAUUACA